AUGGCAGCUAAGUUGAUCGUAGUACUCGCCUUUGUGGCUGUAGCACACGGCUCUGUGGUGCCUGCAACAACAGUGGUGAAAGCAGACGACGACUACACGAGCUUUGCAUAUGAUGUGGCUGACCCCAUUACUGGAGACUUCAAAAGCCAGACGGAGACCCGCGUCGGUGGUACAGUGAAGGGCCAAUACUCGCUGCUCGAAGCUGAUGGAACUAAACGUACUGUCGACUAUACUGCAGAUGACAUCAAUGGUUUCAACGCAGUUGUAAAAAAUGAACCCGCAGUUGUCGCUACAAAGGAUAAUUCGGACACUCCCAACAAUAUUCCUGUUUCAGUUGAUAAUGGUGAAGAUGAAAUAAGAUUUAGCGCAGAAAAUAAUAACACUGCGAAUUCACCAGCUUCGAAUCCGGGCCGAUCACACAAAACUCCAAUCAACCGACAAGACCGAGAGAAUUAUAUAAAACGUCGAUUUUUCACAAAAAUAUUCAUAUUGCAUCAACGAUCCGAAGAAGCAAUGGCUGUUAAGUUUAUCGCAGUGCUCGCCUUUGUGGCCGCAGUUCAGAGCUCAGCGGUGCCUGCAGCAUUAGUGGCGAAAGCAGACGAUGACUAUACCAGUUUUGGUUACGACGUGGCUGAACCUACAACCGGGGACUACAAACAUCAUGAGGAGACACGCGUCGGUAGAACAGUAAAGGGCCAGUACUCUUUCCUAGAAGCUGAUGGUACUACACGUAUUGUAGACUACACCGCUGACGCGAAUGGUUACCGAGCGGUUGUGAGAAACGAGCCUGCUGUUGCCACGAAAGUUACGGCUCCUAUAGCAGUUGCUACGAGAGCUUUAUCCCCUGCUGUUUUCACUAGACGAGGCAUAAGAUCACGUCCCGUCCAUAAUAUUGUUGCUCCGGCAGUGUAUACAGCUGCACC